AUGAAGGUAGGCACAUUCUUGGUUCUGGUGGCUUUGAUCACCAUGGAGAUGGACAAGGCCUGUGCUCUGUCUUCUCAUGGAGAAUUACAAAAACCAGGAGCUUGUCCCAAGAUGCCUCCAGAUACUGUUGGAACUUGCAAUGAGAGAUGCUCAGGAGAUGAAUCAUGUCCUGGUAAAAUGAAGUGCUGCAGCAAUGGGUGUGGUCAUGUCUGCAAAUCUCCUGUCUUCAAAACAGCUGACAGCCCUGUGAAAGAUGGAUUCAAUACUUUCAAGCAUGACUGA